AUGGGAGAACAGGAACACCCAAAUCAUACCCCGCAGUGCACUCAAGACAUGAGUCAACACACGGCGCUGCAGAGAAAUCGAAAUCUGCAGAGCAGAGAAGUCGAAGUUUGCAGAACAGAGAAAUCGAAAUCUGCAAAGCAGAGGAGUCGAAGCUGCCAGAGCAGCGAAAUCGACAAAGGCCAGAGCAGUAAAGUCGACGAGUUGCCAGAACAGAGGAGUCGAAGCCGCCAGAGCAGCGAAAUCGACAAAGGCCAGAGCAGCGAAAUUGACAAAUACCAGAGCAACGAAGUCGACGAGCUACCAGAACAGAGGAGUCGAAGCUGCCAGAGCAGCGAAAUCGACAAAGGCCAGUGCAGCGGAGUCACCGAGGUGCCCGAGAGAAAGUCGAAAUCUAUGAGGUGCCAGACGGAGCACUGUAAUCGAGCUACACAAACGAAGAGACCAUGCAGCCUGAUCGAGGAGGAGACGGUGGAGAUAGAUGAAAUUCAAAUUAAUGCGAGCUUUUCAGACCACAAAGUUUGGAUUGGAGCACAACUCGAACCAGAGCUCAGAGAGAAGCUUAUCAAUUUCCUAUCUGAUUACUAUGAUUGUUUCGCUUGGUCCCACGAGGACAUGACUGGGAUUGACCCUAGUAUUAUUGUUCACAGGUUACAGGUCACCCCGGGCUACCCACCGAGGACACAGAAACGUAGAAAGUUUGCACCAGAGAGGAACCAAGUAGUGAAUGAUGAAGUCACGAAGCUCCUCAAGAAUGGACUCAUUCGAGAGGUCCACUAUCCCGAAUGGCUCGCAAAUGUGGUGGUGGUCAAGAAAAAGAACGACAAAUGGCGGGUCUGCAUCGACUUCACGGACCUCAAUAAGGCAUACCCGAAAGACUCGUUCCCACUUCCACACAUCGACAUGCUAGUGGACGCGACAGCAGGACAUGAAUUGAUGAGUUUCAUGGAUGCAUACUCGGGAUACCACCAAAUCCGGAUGCACCCUGAUGAUGAAGAGAAGACGGCCUUCAUGACCAGCGUAGCGUUAUUUUGCUACAAGUACAUGCCAUUCGGAUUGAAGAAUGCAGGAGCAACAUAUCAACGCCUGGUCAAUCGGAUGUUUGCGAGCUUGCUGGGCCAAACCAUGGAAGUCUACAUCGAUGACAUGCUGGUCAAGUCCAUCCGCGCGAGGGACCACAUUGAUCAUUUGAGGGAGACAUUUGAGAUUCUUAGAAAAUACAAUAUGAAGCUAAACCCUACUAAAUGUUCUUUUGGUGUCAAUGCAGGAAAGUUCCUAGGUUAUAUGGUUACCCAGCGGGGAAUAGAGGCAAACCCGGCUCAAAUCGAAUCGAUCCAGAGAAUCCCUUCCCCCACCUGCGUGAAAGACGUCCAAAAACUAGCGGGGAGAGUAGCCGCUUUAAGCCGCUUUAUUUCAAGAUCAUCCGAAAAAUGCCACCUCUUCUUCAACACUUUGAGGAAGUCAAGAACGUUCGAGUGGACUGAGGAAUGUGAGGAAGCCCUAAAGCAGCUCAAGCAAUACUUGACUAGCCCGCCAUUACUCGCAAAACCAAAGAAUCACGAGACUUUGUUGAUGUAUCUGGUCGUCUCUGCUGCAGCCGUCAGCGCCGUGUUGGUCAGAGAGGAAGAGGGAAAUCAGUCACCAAUCUACUACGUGAGCAAGUCACUACUUGAUGCAGAGACUCGAUACAGCCAGCUAGAGAAGCUAGCCCUCGCGCUGGUCCAUGCAGCAAGAAAGUUACGUCCGUACUUCCAAUGCCAUCCGAUCGUAGUCGCCACCACGUAUCCCUUAAAGGCCAUACUCCAUAAGCCGGAACUAUCCGGUCGAUUGACAAAGUGGGCAGUGGAGUUGAGUGAAUACGACAUCACAUACAAACCACGGACCGCACUUAAAUCUCAGGUAUUAGCCGAUUUUGUUGUUGACUUUGCACCUAACCUUACUAUACAGGUCGACAAAGAGUUAUGCUGUUUGACGGAAGAACCAGACCAAACUGGAACUUGGAAACUAUAUGUUGAUGGAUCUAGCAACGUACGAGGGAGCGGACUUGGAGUCGUCCUCUCAUCACCACGAGGAGACAACAUUGAGCGGUCAAUCCGAUGUGAUUUCAAAGCAACCAACAAUGAGGCUGAAUAUGAAGCCAUGAUAGCUGGACUCGGACUAGCUAAAGAAAUUGGGGUAAAACGCAUUAACGUAUUUAGUGAUUCUCAACUUGUAGUUAACCAGAUGCAGGGUACAUUUCAAGCCAAAGAUACGAAAAUGACGGCUUACCUGGGCAAGACGAAAGAACUCCAAUCGUCCUUUGAGGAAUUCACCAUCAAUCAAGUGCCGAGGGGGGAAAAUGGCCACGCUGAUGCUUUGGCCAACCUAGGGUCAGUAAUUCAGACUGCACAACCUAAAACCAUAACUAUCACUUGUCUUCAAUAUCCAGCAAUCCAAAAAGGUGAGGCUGAAGAGCAGGUAACCGAAGUAUCGGUCGAACGAACAUGGAUUACCCCCAUAAUGGAAUAUCUCGAUAGAGAUAUACUCCCGGAUGAUCGGAACGAAGCACGUCGGCUCAAAGCUCAAGCAGCACGGUUCUGCAUCAUUCGAGGUAAACUGUACAAACGUUCAUUUACUGGCCCUCAUUUGAAGUGCAUUAACCCUGCAGAAGCAAGAUACGUCUUGUCCGAAUUACACGAAGGUGAAUGUGGCAACCACUCGGGAGGCAGAAGCCUCGCACACCGCGCCUUAACCAACGGUUACUACUGGCCCACAAUGAAAGCAGAUGCAACUGAUUACGCCAAAAAAUGCGAUAAGUGCCAACGAUUCGCCCAAAUAUCACAUCUGCCCCCGGAACCCCUGACCGCUAUCACUUCGCCAUGGCCAUUCAUGAAAUGGGGGAUGGACAUUGUAGGCAAACUGCCCAUUGCGCCUGGACAGAAGGUAUACAUGUUGGCAGUGACCGAUUAUUUUAGCAAAUGGAUAGAAGCAGAGUCUUUCCACCAAGUUCGCGACAAAGAAGUCAAGGGGUUCAUAUGGAAGAACGUGAUCUGCCGGUAUGGGGUGCCCAAGGAGAUCGCCACGGACAACGGGUCCUAA